CAGUCGAAUCAGUAAAAAAUUGUGAGAGGAGAGAUUAAAAUUGAGAACUAAUGAUGAUAAAAAAAAAACCUGAUAAAGAAAUCCUAAACUUAUUUCAAAAGCAGCUAACAAUGAUAAAGUGAUUUAUUGUUUUGGUUUUGGUUAUUUUCCCGUUGUGUUAUUUACCGUCCCAACAUUUAUUUCCUUCCUUAACUAAUGAUUGUCGCUACAGUUUUUAUCUGAAUAUGAUAAGAUUCGUCAUUGUAUUUAAACGGAAGAAUUGAAGAAAGUUCUUAACUUGAACUACUUUUAACAUUUAAGAUGGGAGUUCGUGGUUUAAGCAGAUUUAUUGAAGAAUGUAACUUUGGCAGAUGCUUCGAAUUGCAUGAUACAUCAGUUAUUAUAGAUGGAUGCAGUCUUCUACAUUGCUUGUAUGCUUCCAGUGGAGCUGCUUACAUAUACGGAGGAGAUUAUGAUGUGUACGCUGCAUGCAUCAUAAAUUACUUCUCUUGUUUGAAAGAAUGCAACAUUGAGCCAAUCGUUAUUUUUGAUGGAGGCUAUGAUAAGUCAGAUCGCAUGCUGCAGAAACUACUUGAAAGACAAAAACAUAAAUUAAAAAAUAUUAAAAAAUUCUUAGAGAACAAGGAAAGUUCAACAGAAGUUCUACCCAUUAAUGCUUUUGAAGUUUUCAAGAACACUCUAUCAGAAAUGGGCAUACUCUAUGCUCAAUGUGAUUACGAAGGUGACAACCAAAUGGCAAGCCUUGCUGUGCAUUACGGUUGUCCAAUCUUAAGUGAAGACAGCGAUUUCUAUAUAUACGAUUUACCAAAUGGUUUCAUUAGGCUAAAUCACAUCAAUGUUGGUGUCAAAACCAAAACUCUCACGAAUGGAUCUAAAGUGAAAUAUAUAUCGUGUAAAAUUUAUUAUUUGAAAUCUCUUCAUGCAGUAUUCUGUCUAAAAGACAGAAAUGUCUUGCCGUUAUUGGCAACAUUGGCGGGGAAUGAUUAUGCGUCCCCUUACGAAGAAUUCAAACAGUUCUACUGGCAUCAUAUGGCUACGGUCCCUUUUAGGAAUAAGUUUGAGGGACUUUUUUCUUGGCUGCGAUCCAAAACUCUUGAUAAAGCAAAAAGUAAAGUUUUAAAUUUGAUUGAGUUAGAAAAGAGGGAAAACGUGAAAUCCAUUAUUGAAAAUUCGAUAGAAGAUUACCAAAUUAAGCCUACUAAUAUGGUGAACAUUCUUGAGUAUUUGAGUUCUAACGUUCAUGAAGCUUUGAUUGAAGAAACCAAAUUGGUUACACCAUGUGGAGAAAUGCUUCCCAGAGAUUUUGUUGUGGCUUUUCAUAAAGGUUGCCUUCCUCCCAUUCUAAUGAACAUAAUUACUUUGCAUCGGAAUAUAUUAUUACCACAAAUCGAUGACUUUUCCAAAAGUAGCAGUUACACAUGCUCACGUUAUAUUCGACAGGUUAUUUACGGCAUACUUGUACACCAUUAUUCUAGAAACAGCACACGGCACGUUCAUGAAUGUAUUCGCCAAAUAGAAGAAUAUGAUAGAAAUGGAAAAAUCAUACAGAGAAUUCCAGUGGAAUAUCUCUUUGAACUAAAAAACGGCAAUUUCGUCUUGAAGUUGAGUGAUAUACAUACAUUAAAUAAAGAUCAACUUCGAAGUUUUAUGUCGAAUGUUCUGGAAGUAAGUGGAGAUUUUGUCUCGGAUGUUCCGAGCCAUUUACAAUUAUUUUUUAUUUGCGUAAACUAUUGGCUACUGAAAAGCUCGCCAAAACCGGAAAAAGAAUCUUUACUCGCGCUUAUACUUAGCUUGAUAUAUUUCCAAGCUAAAGAGAUUCUGUUUGAAACAUCAAGGGAUGCUGUUUUCCCGAGUGCAUCAAUUUCUCAACAGGGUGCCAAUUUAGUUCAUUCAAAUCUUAAAAAAUAUUGUGAAAAGUCAAGUAACAGCGAUGAAUUCUUUAGUUCAAGCAUUGUUCACAGCUUCAACCAACUUCAGGCUUGUAUCUCAGAUUGCAUUGCUCUGAAUUACUUAUUAAACGCUCCUUUUGAGCCGCUAAAGCUGCAUAAAUUGUUCAAUGGUACACUGCUUUACAACUUAACUAAAGAACUAACUGAACAAAGACCAAAUUCAUCAAUCAGGCAAUUGCUGGGUAUUGAGGCAUCUAAAUUGUUUGAUAUGCUGCUCAGUAAAUUUUUAUAUUACGAUGUUUAAAAUUUCUUUAAAAUCAAAGUCAAAUUCGAGUGAAAAUGAAGAUUAUUUUCUGACGAAUCACUUAUAGUUCAAAGUGUAAAAUGCUAUUUCCUAUACAAAAUGAAAAGAGAAAAUACUAAAAACUAGGUCAAAUCCGCGACGUGGAGCUUUUAGAGCUCAAUCCAAGAUCCUUCAACUAAACAACUUGGAAAA